AUGGAGAAGAAGGAGCUUUUUGGACCUGAUUGGAGAAUUAUCAACAAACUCGGGGAAGGCUCCUUCUCUGAAGUAUUCAAAGUUAAAUCGAUGAAGAAUCAGCAAUUCUACGCAAUCAAAAUGCUCAAAAAAAGAUUUCGAUCAGUAGAAGAAGUAACUAGACUUCCAGAAAUCAUGUGUUUGAGAGCACUCGAAGGAAAUCCAAAUAUUAUACGUCUAGAAGAAGUUUUAUUCGAUUCAAAACAUAAUUGCCUUGCUUUAGUAUUUGAACUAUUAGACGAGAACUUAUUCGAAUUAAUGAGAGACCACAAACAGCCAUUCGACGAAAAAACAUCUUUAUUAAUAAUUUACCAAUUAUUGAAAGCUUUAUCAAUUAUGCAUGCAAAAAAUUUAUUCCACAGAGAUAUUAAACCGGAAAACUGCAUGAUAAACAAAGAUACAUACGAAUUGAAACUCGCUGACUUUGGUAGCGCAAGGACAACAUCUGAUACAGGCCCGUUCACAGAAUACGUUGCAACAAGGUGGUAUAGAGCUCCCGAAUGCAUCCUCACAUCAGGCUCAUACGGACCUGCCGUUGAUAUUUGGGCUGUUGGCUGCAUUUUGUACGAGAUAUUGACAACAAGACCAUUAUUCCCAGGAAAGCAUCAGCUCGACCAGAUAGCACGUAUACAUAAUAUUCUUGGUACUCCAGGGCGAGAAGUUUUAUCUCAAUUUAAACAAAAUCCAAAUUCACAGAUAAAUUAUGCUUUUCCACAUAGAGUUCCACAAGGUUUUAGGAGUCUCUUACCCAAUGCUUCAGAAGGCAUAAUCGAUUUGUUAUCCAAGCUUUUAGUUUACGAUCCAAAUGGAAGAAUCUCCGCAAACGAAGCUUUGCAACAUCCUGUGUUUGAGAACAUCAGGAAGCAAGAGCGCAAUUACAUAGCCUCUCAUACGAACAUUCCAUUCUCUGCUUUUGUUAUGAUGAAUCAAUCUCAUACGACAAUCAAGAAUAAUGUUGAUGUUUCACCAGUCUACCAAGAUCCUUCGCCAUUAGGAACCCCAAUUACCUUUAUCCAACAGGCUGUUAUGUCCCAGGUUGAAGAACAAAAGUCGGAUUCAAAUCUCGGCGUAGAAUUCCUUAACAACCAAAACCAAAAGCCUAAUAACGCUGUCCCAUCCAAGAGCAUCCUCGCGGAAUCAAAACCAGUCGCUCCUUCCAAUUUAUCCGAUUCAAGGAGAAUGACAAUCGAAAGAAUCAAAAUUUACAACCAGCAACAUCCAGCAAAGAUGAGCCACGCACAGAAUAGAAAGGUCGCGCAGCCUUCUUUGCAUUUCGGAAUGCCAAAGGUUGUGAAGCCAACGGUUUUGCCACAAAUCCGUGUAAACCCGUACCAAAAACCGUCAGCCGAUGUAAUUAAGCCAAGAAUGCAAGGAGUCAAAAUCAGAUUCGAUUUAUAA